GCUCCGCCAUUUCCAUCUCCCCACUGCCCAUUUCUGUUGGAAGUUUGUACAUUGUCUCUCACUAGUUCCCUCCUAUAACUCUUCAGUAGGGUUUUAGCCUUCUUUUAUCUUCAAUUCUUCUUCUACUCUUUCAUUUCGCGCUCUCUCCCCUUCUAGAUCUAUACUCUAAGACGAGCUGAACUUUCUGGAUUUCAUGCAUGCCAUAAAGGGUGGGUGGACGGGGCGUCCUCUCGCCCUAGCCAAGAACAAUGAGGCUGAAGGGAGAAGGACUAGAAUUCGGCGUUCAAAGGAGGAAAGGAAGGCAAUGGUUGAAGUUUUCAUAAAAAAGUAUCAGGAAUCAAAUAAUGGGAGUUUCCCCUCACUCAACCUCACUCACAAGGAAGUUGGGGGAUCUUUCUAUACGGUGCGAGAGAUUGUACGUGAUAUAAUCCAAGAAAAUAGAAUCCUUGGUCCAGGAAAUUUGUUAUUAGAAGAGCACAAUCCGGAUCAUUCACUUGAACAGAAUCCACUCCACUCAAUUGCUAUUGAACCUCACUCUCCUUUAACCUUAUCGUCUAAUGAAGUCCAUUUUCCAGUCAACUACAACAAAUAUAUAAGUGAAGAACCAAUCUUUGUGUCAGAUGAGCAAUGCACAGCAACAAAUAUUCAGGGAUCACAGAAUGAGUCAAUAAUUAAUGGAAGCCUUGUGGAUGUAAGCAACGAGGAUUCUGAUGAAUUUAUCCAGUCAGAGUUGCUAGUAAAUGGACACAAGGAAGUGGAGGAAAUGGUUGAAAAAGAAUCAGGAAUGCCAAAAAAUCACGUAACUUCUUUGGCAACAGAUGUUGUGCUAGUAAAUGAACACAAUAAAGUAGAGGAAGUGGUGAAAGAGGAAUCAGGAAUGCCAAUUAAUUAUGUAACUCCUUUGGCAACAGAUGUUGUGGUAGAGACAUUCCCAUUGGAUUCAGUUCCUUGGGAUGUUAAUGGUUUUGAUGUAAGAUCUGAGAUAUUGAUUUCAACUAGUGCCUCAGAGAAGCAAGUUAGUCAAUCCAUUGAGUUAGAAUCAGAUGUUGGCUUGUUUAACAUUACAACUUCCGACUGUGUAGUUGAGAAAGCAGAGGAAAACCUUACAGAGCCAUUAACAAAAACGAAGUCUGAUUUGGUGGACGAAGCACAAAUUGUUGAAAUUUCUAAUGGGUCUACUGUUAAAGAAGGUAGCAUACAUGAAGUUGGGGGUCCUGAGUUGGAAGUUUGCAGUGAUACUCCAGUAUCUGUGAGCUUUGAACAAGGCCAGAAAUCUAGUAAAAUGAAGUCUCCAAUUGCUUCUGAGAAUCUCAACAAGACAUUCAGCAAUGACUUUGAUCAGGCCUCAAAAAUCGAGAUAAAAAAUAAAGUAGAUCCUGGACAGACUGGCGGCUCCCAGAAAGAAAGCGUUCCAACAUUAAAUAGAAUUAAUCUUGACUCAUGGGAAGGGAUGUCCAAAAACUCUUCAAAACCCGGAAACAACCCGCUUUUGGAAAUCAUCAAGUCAUUCAUCACUGCCUUCGUGAAGUUUUGGUCCGAGUAAGUAGUAUGAUUGUCAAGUCAAGUAGACGAAUAGAGAGUAGUAGCUAAAUUUUCUGCCACAGAACCUGUCUGUCUUUGUACCAAAGUUGCAGUCGGUUGCCCCGUUCACUCCAGUCGGUCCCAUACACGAUAUUUAGGAGGACAAAACUAGAUUCUGGAUGUGGGUUGGCAUUUGUGUACUCUGCAGUAGGAAAGAAAGUUUUAAUAGUAGGCAUUUCCCACCCCUCCCCUCCCCUCCCCUCCCCUCCCCUCAGUAAAAAAAAUGAUAAAAAAGAUAAGCAGUAGCUUGUACAAGGGAUAUUUUUCUCAUCUUUUUACUAUUAAUUAGCAUGGCAUAAUAUGUCCCACCGUCCAUGAUUUUAUUAUA